ACCUAAAGGCAGAGCGGCGGUACCGUGCUGGGAGCUACUGGGGGCCUGGACUGGGAGCGCUGGGGUGCUGAGCACCAUCCAAGGAAGCUGCACUGGGAGCACUGGUCUUUACUGGUAAGCACCCCCAGCCAUGGCUCUGCUCCCCGCCAUCCGCCUGGCCUGCCUCCUGCUCCUGGUUGACCUGGUGGUGCUGGCAGCCCUGGCCCAGCUGGCCCCGGCGCUGGCCCAUUUGGGUCUGGCAGCCGUGUGGCUGGAAGCCGGGCUGCGGCUGCCGGCAUUUACCGUGGCCGGGCGGCUGCUGGCGCCGGGGGGUCCCCGAGGAGCCGCCGUCGUGCUCAGCCUCACCCCCGCCGCCUUCCUCACCCUCCGGAGCCUCUUGGUGCCGUACAGUGCCGCACCGGUGCUGCUGGCCACGGCCGCGCCAGUUUGGUUGGCCUUGACCCACGGCGCGACCGCUGCGGCGCUGCUGGUUUGGGCCGUGCCGUCGCCCGGCAGGGAUACUGGUACCGAGUCACCGGUGGCCGUGCGGCAGUUGCUGGCGCUGGCCUUGGCCGAGUGGCCCGUCCUUGGCGGUGCCUUUUUCUUCCUGGUGUUGGCCGUGCUGGGUGAGACCGCGGGGCCGUACUGCACCGGCAAAGCCCUGGAUGCCAUCCAGCAUGGGGACGGACCCACCUUCUUCACCAUCGGCCUGGUCCUCGCCGCCGAUUUGGGCAGCUCACUGUUUGCCGGCUGCCGCGGGGGUCUCUUCACCUUGGCGCAAGCCCGGCUCAAACUGGGCACCUGCUACCAGCUCUUUUCCCGCCUGCUGCGCCAGGAUCUGGCCUUCUUCCAGGGGACACCAGCAGCCGAGCUGUCCACCCGGUUGGCCAACGACGUGCCCUUGCUGUGCGACGUGGUGCCGAUGAGCACCAAUGUGGCGUUGCGGAGCUUGGGGAUGGCGUUGGGGUUGGGUGGCUUCAUGGUGGGGCUGUCACCCCGCCUGGCGCUGCUGGCGCUGCUGGAGGCGCCCCUCAUCAUCACAGCGCGCAAGGUCUACGAUGCCCGGCACCAGGUGCUGCAGCGAGCCAUGCUGGAUGCCACGGCCAACACGGCGGCGGUGGUGCAGGAGGCCGUCUCCUCCAUUGAGACGGUGCGGACCUUCGCCGGGGAGGAGGAGGAGGAACGCCGCCACAGCCAGGCAGUGACCAAAAUGCUGGGGCUGAAGGACCGGAUUGACGUGGAGCAGGCGCUCUUCACCCUCAUCCAGCGGGCGCUACAGCUGGCCAUGCAGGUGCUGGUGCUCUGCCACGGGCGCCGGCAGCUCCGUGAGGGGACCAUCACCACCGGCAGCCUCGUCACCUUCCUCCUCUACCAGGCUAAAGUCAGCCACCACGUGCAGGCGCUGGUGUUUGGCCACGGUGACUUGCUGAGCAAAGCGGCAGCCAGUCGCAAGAUCCUGGAGUACCUGGACCGGGAGCCCACCGGGGACACUGGGGGCACGUGGGCGCCCACCACGCUGCAGGGCCACGUCGCCUUCCAGCACGUCUCCUUUGCCUACCCUGCACGCCCUGAACACCUCGUCCUGCAGGACGUCUCCUUCAAGCUGCACCCCGGCGAGGUGAUGGCGUUGGCGGGACUCAAUGGCAGCGGGAAGAGCACCUGCGCGGGGCUGCUAGAGCGAUUUUACGACCCUGGGACCGGGGAUGUGCUGCUGGAUGGGGUGCCGCUACGGGACUACGAGUACCGGUACCUCCACCGCCAGGUGGUGUUGGUGGGGCAGGAUCCUGUGCUUUUCUCUGGCACCAUCCGGGAAAACAUCACCUUCGGGCUGGAGAGCUGUGGGGAGGAGGAUGUGAGGGCGGCCGCUGCCACCGCCGGUGCCCUGGGAUUCAUCUUGGCGCUGGACCGGGGUUUUGACACCGACGUGGGGGACAAAGGGGGGCAGCUCUCGGUGGGGGAGAAGCAGCGCAUCGCCAUCGCCCGGGCCCUGGUGCGGCGACCCACCGUCCUCAUCCUCGACGAAGCCGCCAGCGCCUUGGAUGGGGAGGGCGAGGUGGCGCCGCAGCAGUGGGUGCGGAGCGGGUGGGCCCGGACGGUGCUGCUCAUCACCCACUGCCGAAGGAUGCUGGAAGCGGCCGACCGCAUCGUGGUGCUGGAACGCGGCGCUGUGGUCGAGAUGGGGACACCCGCCGAACUGCGGAGCCGCUGUGGGCCCUACAGCCACCUGCUGCAGCGUGGCCCCGGUGCGGGGAGGACAGAGACCCCACGGAUGGACUGAGAGGAGUGGUGGCCGGCUCCUGCCCCAGCGGCAGGGCAGGAGGAGGGACUGCUGCUGGAAGGACAGAAAUUUAUAUGAAAUAAAGCAGAUUUGCUCCA